CUCGGCAUUGAUCCCUGGACGCGCAAGCGCCGACCGGUGUAUCUUCGCCUACUUCCAUCGCUCUCGGUCGUCGUAGAAUCCGCGAAAAUCCGGAACGUAACGCGGUCGUCUAUUUUCGUUUAUCUGAAGAGGCAGCCGCUUCCCGCGACGCUGCUGAUCUCAGCCAAGGUAAGGAAACCGUUCACGAAGUGAUCGACUAUACGUUUCGCAACGAGACAGAUAUGCAUUCGGUAUGAAGAAGCUCGCCGUUUAGUGCGAUAACUCACGAAAGACGAUCCCUCGAUAAGAGCGUUAUUUUUUGUAAUAAAAUGCAAAAUUGGUUCUACGGUUUUAAUUAAGAUUAUUGCGAUGCUGAAGACACGAGCAGGUGAACGAAAGAACGUUCGAUGUCAGCUCUUUUAGAUGUAUGCGGAAAUGAUACCGGGUCGCCAUCAAUAUCGAAGGCCGAUGAUAAUCUGUCCAACAGCGAUGGGCCUCUGAUUAAAGGCAUUAUCCGCCAAAAUAGUUGCGGCAGCAUGCAUACGAGAACAAUCGCCUCUUCGUACGGCAUGUCGUCGACGAGCGAAAAAUCUACUAAAAGGCGUUACUGUCUCUGGAUGUUGACUUUGGUCCUGGCGAUAAUCGGUCUCUGCAAUCUUUUUCUAAACAUCACUGUCAUCGCUGUUUUGCGCAUAAGUCAAGGAAUGGAAGCUAUAGAAGUAAUCCCGGACGAAAAUCUUGUCAAGUUCUAUGGAAGAACAGAUUUGGACGAAAUAUCCCUGCAGUCAGGCAUCUGCCAGAGUUAUGGCGAUGAGCCAAUGGAAAUAUCUGGUGAUGAAGCUGGGGUGCACGUUGACGUGAAGAGUCGCGGACAUACUCACGAAGCAUAUCCGCAUUCGAAGCUAGGCGUCCUACCAAAUGGUACCACCAUGUCGCAAGUAGAAUCAUUUGAGGUGAAGGACCCACGUACCGGUACAAUCUACUUCACUACAGACUUCCCUAACUUUGGUCUACCAAACGGCGUCGAAACGAUCGACGUAAGAAUCGCAGAGACUCAUCGAAUUACGUCGCCGGUCAAUGAAAGCCUGGCAAUCAAGUCUGACAACGAGGUCUCGUUGCACGGUGCGGAGGGCGUACACAUAGAAAGCAAGGACAUCGUGUGGAGCGCCGAUCUUGACAUCUUCUUAAAGAGUGUAAAUGGCAGCGUCGUACUGGACGCCAAAGACGGUAUUUUCAUCGACGUGGAGGAUAUUCCGGUGGCACCGAUGUUCCUGCAGAGCCCGACCACGAGCUACGAGCAGUACAAAGUCUGUGUGUGUAUGCCGCAGGGCAAGCUUUUCAAGAUACCGGUCCGGCCGGGUGCAAGUUCUCGUAUGGUUAAUUGCGCGCGAGUCGUCAGAACCCCGGAGAAUGAUCCUUGCCUACAUUAGAUUCUAAGUGAAGACUAAUGUUUUCUACCAUACACUUCGUUACACGCUUAAAUGACGUGCAUAUCACUGCCAAAUUGCAAGUACAUAUAAAAUAUAAGCAUAUUUCGAAUGUGUGCUAUUGAGAUUUAAUGUGCACACCUCAUCAGUAGACAAUACGUGGACGAGUAUAUUCGAAAUAGUAAAAAAAUCAGCUGAUCUCCCAAAUAUUUACACGUGCAUAUCACUGCAACAUGGUCAUUAUCCAAAUGUUUAAGAUCAGAUACAUUUUUCGAUAAAAAAAUUUACAUAAAACUAAUCUUCAGAGGUCAAAUCUCUUCA